AUGUCAAACGAGGAAGCCCUCGAAAAAACGAUGGUGCCGAUCGAGGGGAUGCUCGACAAGCGCAUCUUCUUCCAUCUCGUCCGAAUGCCGGCGAAUCCGUUUCGCUGGCGGCGACGAACAUAUCAGGAGCAUGUGCUGAAAUUGGACAAAAUCUUUGACGAUUCGGAUCCGAAGGAAUUCUUCAAGACGAUCUGGAUUCUCAUGAGGAAGAAGCCGCAGGUUUAUCGCGAAGCUGUCAUCUACAUUCAUCAUCUCGUUCAACGCGUUGACGACAAGCAGGUGAUCGUUGGUGAUGACAUGAUGCCAAUGAGCGACGCGUUCCGCGACAUCUAUCAUUAUAAGGAAACGGUGAUUCGCGACAAAUUUAUGGAUAUUCUGAAUCAGGUGCCGAAGGAUGUGUCGAAUCCGCAUCAGAUUCCCAUGAUUCGGAUCGCAAUUGAAAUCCUCUUCGAGAUCCUAACAAAUCCCGAGCUCAUUGCGAAAGGCCUUCAUUGGUUCGUCAAAGAGAACGCGUCGGAUCGGGCGUUUCCCGACGAGAAUCUGACGAGGAUUCUCGCGUACGCGCUUCUGCUGGACUACUCGGGUCUCGCGGCCGAACGCGAACACGAAAACUAUCGGAUGCUCACCGUCGAAGAGUUCGAGGCGACGAGCGACGCGCCGUUUCCCAAAUGCGUCCAAAUCGUCAAUCUGCUCCGAUUCCUCGAGUUCACAUUCUACGGCUCGGCCUACAAAAUCCUAUCGGUGGUUCUACCCGAUUUUCUGUACAUGUCGGCGUCGACAAAAGUCAAUUUUCCGACGUUCCUCGGCUACAAAAGCCUAUUCGUGAUGAUCGCCGAGCAAUUCGGCGAGCAGAUCUUCUGGGAAUCGGCCAUCGAGGCGUGGAACCGCAAAGGCCGCGAUUUCGGCGUCGAAGGAACGACGCCGUUCUAUGUAUUCGUCAAUAUGACCGUCAUGCUUUCGACAAUUCUGAAAACAUUCUGCGAGCCGAAUUUGUACGCGAUUCGCAUCAUCGAAAUCAUUCUCGACGCCCUCAACACCGAUCGCGGCCAUCUAGACACGUUCAUCAUUGCGCGCGCCUACGCGCAAUGUGAAAACUAUUUGCUCAAGUGCAAUGAGAGCCGGAAUCAGCAAGGCAUUUCCGGUGAGUUGCUUCUCGAUUCGAAGAAUGCGCCAUGCCGACAGGCGCGUUGCGGUCAGCAAGUUCCUUUGCAAAAAUGGGGUCUCGCAACUAGGAAAACGCUGAAUUGCUACAGUUGGGCGUGCAAUAUGAGUCCGAAAAUCAAUGUAGAAAUUCGACUGGAGCAUUUUCAAGGGGUGACGUUGCUGUUCGGUUGUGUCAUGAACAACUCAAGCGGAUUUCUGCAAUCGCGAUUGGCUCUUGAUCUCGCCAACCUAAUCGAUCCGACCCAAUUCAAAAUGCACAUUGAUCGCGACAACACCGACGAAGUGAAAUUGCGCGCCACCGCCCUCAACAUUCUGUGCGCGAUCUCGUGGAGCUCGCAAAACCAUUUGCACGCCGUCGACACCGACGUGCUGUUCGGCUACCGCAAAGUUCUCGGCAUCAUGACGCGCGGCGCUCUAACCGAGCUCGAACAAUCGGGAGUGUUCCGGAAAGCGGCCGAAACGAUUUGGUACGCGCUCGAGAACGACCUGUGUCCGGAAGCGCGUCGAGUGCUCACCGUCGAAUUGAUGGUUCUCCAUUCGCGGUGCGACACUGUGGGCAGCGAGGUCGAGUAUCUCAUCAUGGAAAAGCUUUUGGAAAAUCGGUCGAAAACGGUGUCGGUGAUGCGACGCGUCAACGCGCUGAUCCGCGAAAGGUAUCCGCUGAAGCGCUUCAAGAAGUUCACGCUAAUCCAAGGCAGCAUCGACGCCUACCUCUAA